AUGCUCUUUGAUGCAGCAUUUUUUACAUGCGCCCUAACCGAAGGAUUGAGAUCUCGCAGCCUUGAGCCAGCACCCUUUGACCGGUCCACUUGUCAUCCAAUUAUUGCUGUCUCCCAACCCCCUCUAACUCCCACCAUUCCGAGAUGUAUCUCUCGUCAACGCCAAGCCACCUUUAGUGCAGAGAGCGACUACGAGACUCCCGAGAAAAUUUGGCUACGAGAGCAACGCCUUUCAGCAAUCAGACGCACUGAGAGUGCCCGUUUGACCACUCCUAUCCAUCGAGGCGUCAGUCGAAGCCAGUCCAGUGGGCCGCGGACUCAUUUUGACCUUGACGCAACUCCCAAGGCUUCGUCAAGUGCUUUCACUGAAGUGACACCAAAAGCUCAAUUUGGGGUCAGAAGGCGAGCGCCAUCGAUGCGAGUCGAGCUGAGGACACCACUGUGUCAGAGAAAACGAAUUCAACCAAUGAAAGAGGCGGAGACGGAGGCUGCAAUUUUACGCAAACGAGAGGGCAUAUACGAAUUGGAGGAGCCGUUAAUGUCCGGACCCAGUAGUCUUCUUCAAGCCCUAAAGGAGGUAAAAUUCGCUGAGAAGGAGCAAUUAGAUCGAACACCACAAGCGGAGCCCCGACGUAUCACUCUCUUUGACUUAAUUGUCGAAAAGGAGCGUCGACACCGGGUACGAUCACCACCUCCGGUGCCACCAAAACCGGUGCGUCGGUUAGCAGCGACACUAGCGACAGCGGCAGCAGCAAGGGCAACAACGACGAUGAAGCCAUCGCAGCGAAGUGAACAAAGUAUAGAAAGUUCAGUGCCUAAAACUGUGAACGAUCUCAAGCCUUCCACACUGUUCCAACUGAGCACACCACCAUCGUUGCCAUUACCGCCGAGAUGUGCAGUGCUAAAAAAAGCUUCAGAGAGGAGUAAUAACGGUUCGAAGACGGCAGUGAUAACUACAAAUAAGCCAUCCGAUCAAGGAAAUAGGAAGGAGAGGACACCACCGCUUAUCAGCGAUAACCUGUUCGUCCGGUGGGAUCGUCUUAAGAGCAUUCCUCUCACCAGCCCACAAGGGGAUACCAAGGGAGGUCGAUCAAUCUCGGGUGGAGAGGGACGCAUUUCUCCAGGCUCCAGUGGUGUUGGUACCGAGGCAUUUGACGACGACGGCUUCAUUACGGCCUCCGCAUCGGCAAUCACUCCCAUGAGUGUCUGCUCCUCCCCAUCCGCCAGUUCUGUGAAUUCCUCCUCCUCGCCUUCGGUGGAUUGGCCGCAUCCGGAGAAGAUCACUGCCCGUCCACUCUCCCAUCAAUGUUCACCCGACUCCAUCGAUGAACCCCACUUAUUUCCGAAAUUGAAAGAGUUAAAUGGGAAUGCUGAUGAGGCGAGAACCAUCACGGGUCACAGUCCAGUUAGAGUGAGUCUCGUUGCUGCACCCAAAAAAUCUCUCCCAACUUCAGAUAACCUUCCACCUGAGACGGCUUCUGACACCAACACCAUCACCACUAGUAGCAGUCGUGCCAGCACCAUUUUUAGUUAUCCCUGGGAUCUACCACCUCCCCAAGCACAACAACCCUCCUCAUCCUCCUCACCACCACCUCCAGUCCCAUUGAAGUGGGCGACUUUGCAGCGUCAUCUUUUGGAAAUGAACCAUUCACCUCCUCAUGCAUUGGCGACACCGCAGCAAAAUGGAUGCGAUAGCAAGGACAUUCCAGAGAGGCGAUCCAGCGUUGUCUCUUUGGAGAGCAAUGAAGGCCCGAAAAGUGAAACGAUGAAAAACGUCGAGGAGGAGAAGACAUAUGCCACGAUCGGUGAUGAGUCAGGUGCAUACGAGAGAGUUCUGGAAAGACGCCCUUCGCUCGAAGUGCCUUCACCAAAAUUGCAGCAGAUCUCUGCAACAGGCAGUAUUGAAGAGUCCCAAAAGGACUCAAUGCCUCACUAUGUUUAUGCUGAGGUGAGACCAUCUUCCGACGUCUCCACAUCGAGUAGCACUAGAAUUCGAAGUCCUCCUGUCCCAGCUCAUCCCUCCAAAACCAAUGCCAUGCCCAUCUCUCCUGAGAUUCAUCUUUACGAAGUUAUUAGAAGUAGCAUAGCUCCACCAGAAGCAGGGCAGGGGAGCUUUGAAAGCCACUCCUCCACUAGCAUAUCCUCUAACUCCACGGAGCGUCAAAAUCCAACCAACCGCAGUAGUGAAUCAGCAUCGGUUGCUAGCGAACUAGGCAAGCAUCUAGAGCAUCUUGUUUAUGGCCUUAUGAAGGACAGGAACUCCCCGUUCUACAAACAUAUGUCGACGUUUAUUGAGUGUAUAAUACAACAGUUGGGACAGACACCGCAGAAAACGUUGCAAAAUAUCUGCCAAUUCAUAAACGGAGUCUCCAAUUUUCUGCAAAAAGUUCAUGCUGCGGAACUGCGACAGGCGGUGGAAGCCGAGGAAAGGGACCUUCGCGGCCUCCAGUACCUCGAUGUAGCGCAAGAACUAGAAAAUCUUAUGCAACUAACAGUUCUGCGUCCACUGCAUCGGAGAUUAAUCGAGGAUUUGCAGCGUCAUGGAUGUGGAACUGUUCCACCGCAGACUGCAGAAGAAUUUACAGAUCUUGUGAAGCAGGAGUAUCGUAAACUCCCCAAUCUGAGUCAAGAGGAUAGGCAGCGAUUGGAGAAGACACUAUUUCAGCCAGUGAGACGAAUAUUCUACCAAAUGCAGGAUGCCUUCCAACCCAGUGACAAAUUGGAUUGUCUUAUUCGUAUUUUUAACACCAUUAAUUUGCAGGUGCAAGUUCCAGCCAAUUCGAUCUCGGGUCAAGGCCGGGAUGCAAAGAAAUUCGUUAUCUACGCCACUAUUCUUGCUUUGGUGGAUCUUCUGAGGCCUUCAAGGACCUUGGAUGCAAAGGGCGAUAGUGACACAAGUACCGGUAUCAGUCGUAUUGAAGUACAACGUUUAUACUUGGAGGCUCUUAUCGCACCAUCCCGCCUCGCCUCCAGCGCUGAGGGCUGUAAAUGUCUUACCGAUCUUAUCUGUCUCCUGCGCUACGUUGAGAACUUCAAAUGCUACACCUCGCCUACUGAAACAAUUCGUUUAAUAGCUCGAAAAAGUCAACAGGCUACGGAAAUCGAGGAGUCAUUGUGCCACCCAAAUCUAAAUACUAUACGCCGCUCCUAUACCGACAACAUCCAGGAAGCGCUUGAUCGCAGCAAUGAUUACCCACUGACGUUUAGUUUCGCCUCACCUCCUUGGCAGGAGAGGAGGGUGAGAAAGAUUGGGUGUAGCCAAGGCGCUGAAAAGACCCCUAUCCCAUCCACCCCCUCUGCCUCUUCCUCCAUUCUUGUACUAGCAGCUAAUGAAGCCGAAAGGCUCCUGGUGCCCUAUGAAAUACCACUUCGACAGAGCCUUACGGUCAGGGAGCUAUGUAAUAUGCUUGCCCUGAAAUUGGAGAUAUUUGAUUCCAAGGAUUACACCCUCUUCUAUCACUCGGUCAGUGGAGGUGAGUUCGACAAUGCUGGAUUUUCCGAUUUUUUGAUGUCUGAUACUCUUCAUCUGGAGCGUUUUAUUAUUCAAUGCCCGGACGCGAGUGUCCAAUCAGUGGACGAAGAGAUGGGUAUUACCUUCUCCUCCUCCAGCAGCAUCGAUGUCCUUACCAACUCACAACCGACCACACCGAAAGUGUCCCCUUUUCGACGAUUCUUUCGACGUCAAAAACGCCUUAUUAAUUCGAACUCAUUAAAGAGUGAGUCGCCUCUUCCCCAAUGCCAGCACCACCAAAAGAGUAAAGGAGUUAUGAAGCGUCAGCCCUCUAUAGACUGGAGCACGAUGGGUGGUAGGGACGCUAAUUUUGUCCUUAUCUAUCGUCGGCGUAGUAGUGAAGCGGUACUCUAUGCAAAUGACCUCUUUGAAUGUCUUCCAGGGCUCGGAAAACUUAUAUGA